UGUACUUUAAAGUGCAUAACUAACUAGUUGACUUAUUUCGCGUCUCUGUGUAAACAUUGAAUUACUUAUCUGCGCUAGCAUGUUAGCACUGGCUAAUAGUUAUUUAGCUGCGCUUAGCUAGGUUUUGCAAGGUUUCAUGUGUGUCCUAUUCUGAUUCGUUUUUUAAUGGUUCAUCCUCCCGCUUUGUUUUAUUUCACACAUAAGAUCAGAAAAGAAGAUGUCUUUCAGAGGAAGGGGUGGAAGAGGUGGAGGGUUUAACGGACGUGGAGGAGGGGGAGGCAGGGGUGGAGGAGGCUUUGGACGCGGCGGUGGAUUUGGACGCGGCGGUGGCAGAGGUGGUUUUAACAGACAGCAAGACUUUGGUCCUCCUGAUCACGUUGUCGCACUAGGAGAGUUUGUGCAUCCGUGUGAAGAUGAUAUUGUGUGUAAGUGCACAACUGAGGAAAACAAAGUUCCUUACUUCAAUGCACCAGUAUACUUGGAAAACAAAGAACAGAUUGGCAAGGUGGAUGAGAUAUUUGGCCAGCUCCGGGAUUUCUAUUUUUCAGUCAAACUUUCUGAAAAUAUGAAGGCAUCUUCAUUCAAAAAAUUGCAGAAGUUCUAUAUAGAUCCAAUGAAGCUCCUCCCACUACAGAGGUUUCUUCCCAGGCCUCCAGGAGAGAAAGGGCCACCGAGAGGAGGCCGUGGAGGACGAGGUGGUGGUCGUGGCGGUGGUUUUCGAGGAGGAAGGGGCGGAGGUGGCCGCGGUGGGGGAUUUGGAGGUGGUCGAGGUGGGGGAUAUGGAGGUGGCCGCGGUGGAGGGUUUGGAGGAGGUGGAGGCUUUAGAGGAAGAGGAGGCGGUGGACGUGGAUUCAGAGGAGGAAGAUGAUCAUACGGCACUAGUCUGGUGUGAGCUUUCCAUCCCUCUACAUCUACUUGAAGAAGAUAUCCGUUUCCUACUAGUGCCUGGCCUGUUGGCCUCGGAAAAUGGAUGUUGGACCUCUAAUUGUAGAACCUUCAUGGACGUUAUUGUUUUAUUUUUGUACUUAUUCUGUAUGAGUGAUGGACCUUCGUGGUUCAUUUGUGUGCUUGUGCACACCAUAGCAAGGACAUCUUUUUGAACAUCUAUGAACAGGCUUGUCAUUCUCCUGUUAUAACUGUGUUACAACCUGGUUGACCAGGUGUUUAUUUGUAAAAUCUCAUCAUAUUGUCACAGUUUUGUUAAAGGCCUUUAAUUAAAAGAUGCUUUGUAGUUGUGUCUA